AUGGGUAAAUUGAAUAAAGAAUAAAGACUUGAAAAAUAAUUAGCUAAAAAAAUUGAAAAGUAGGAUGUGUAUUAAGAAGUCAAAUUGUAAGAGGCUUAAGAAGAUGAUUUUAAUGUUGCUAAUUUAAUUUCAACUUUAGAAGAAUAAGGAUAAUAGAUUGAUAGUGUUAAAACUCAAUUCUUGAGAGUAAAUGAAAAAGCAGUAAAUCUAUUUAUUUAUAUUUAGAGAAUCGUUUAAGAACCAGAAACAUAAGCUGAAAGAGAUUUCUAAGAACGUAAAGUAGCUGCAACUGUGAUGAAAUAAGAUAUAAAAAAAUGGUUACCCAUUGUUAAAAAAAAUAGAGAAUCUGAAAGAAUUGAUUUUACUAAAUAAAGAAAUGUAUAGAGAGCUAAAAUGUAUAUUAUUAAAUAUAAUAUUAAUUAGUUCUGAUACAUCAAAUGCUUUAUUGAAUAAUAAUUUAGGAAUCAAAUUGUAGAAUGCUAUGGAAGAAGUUGAAAAAGUGGAAUAAUAAUAAUAAUUAAAUAUUUAGUCAAAUUAAUAGAAGAGUAAUCUUUAAUUUUAUAAUGAUCUAAAAAUGAAGAAGAUUUCAUCAAUAAAAUCUAAAAUAUAUAAAUAAAUAAAGAAAAAGAAAGGUAAUAAAGAGAAGUUGAAAUUAAUGGCAUAAUUGACACCAGCAGAAAGAAGGAAAGAAAUUGAAAAAUUAAGAUUAUCAAGAGCAAAGGAGAGAAUAACUUUAAGACACUCAACUAAAAAUAAAUAUGUUUCUUAGCUUCUAAGAUUUGGAGGAGAUAAGAAAUCUCUAAAAUAAUAAUAAUCAUUUCUCAAUAAUAUAAAACAUUAAUUAUUAGCUAAAGCAUAAUUAAAUGAAUUAGAAGAUGGGGAAUUUGAUGAAGAGAAUUUUAGAGAAUAAGCUAUAUCUUAAUUGGAAUAAGAAUUAUAAGAUAUAGAAAGGAGAGAGAAGGAGAAAUAAAAUAAUUUUGGCUUCUUAGAUAAAUAAAAGAAAUAAGAUUUAUAAGAAUCAAAAUCUAUAGCUUAAAAAUUAUUAACAAUGCUUAAAUCAGGAAAUGAUGAUGCAAUAUAAAUGGAAGAAUCAGAAAAUUAAGAAUACAAUAGUGAUGAUAAUUAUUAACCAAAUGAAAAUGGUAAUAAAGAUAAGUCUAAAGUUGUUAUUGAAAAUAAUGAAUUUAUUGGGAGAGCUAAUUUUGUUAAUGAAACAAAGUAAUUGACUGAUAUUUAGAAAAAGAAGAUUGAUGCUAAAACAUCAUUGUCUAAUUAUUUAAAUUUAGAAUCUGAAAAAUAAUAGUAAUAAAAUAAUUCAGAAAAAUAAUUAACAAUUUAAGAUGAAAAAAAACAGUUGAUAGAAGGAUUAAAUAUAAAAAAUAUUAAAUAGAAGUAUGAAAAAUAAGUAAAUAAAAAAUUGUCAAAUAAAGAAUUAAAGUAAUUGUAAUAAGAUCCAGAUGAAUUGUUAUAAUAAAAUUUAGCGAAUUUUAAUUUGGUUUUGGAUGAAGAUGAAGUAUAAAAUAUGAUUGAUUAUUUUUUAGAAUGAAAAUGCAUUUAUUGAUGAGAAAAUAAAAGAUAUGGAAGAAGAAUUACCUCCAGAACCUGUAAAUACAAAAGGAUGGGGAUGUUGGGCUGGAAUCGGUAUAAAAGAGAGAAAACCUUUAAGUUAAGAAUAAAUAUUAUAAAAUAAAAUAAAAAAGAUUAGAGAGAUUUAAAAAAAGAGACAAGAUGCAAAAUUAGAUAAUGUAAUAAUUAGUGAGAAAAGAGAUUCAAAGGUAAUUAAUUAUACUAAUUUUAUUAGUUUGCAAAAUAUUUAGUUCCUAAAUUGCCAAGUGAAUUUACAAAUUCGGAAUAAUUUGAUUAAUUGCAUACAUUACCUUUGGGUCCUGAAUGGAAUAGUUUAACUAGUCAUUAAGCAUUAACUUAACCAUAAAUAAUUACUAAAGCAGGUGUAAUAAUAAAUCCUGUUAAGGUUCCUUAAUAAAUAAACAAACUUCUUUGA